AUGCCUGUGAAAUGGCCCGCAAUUCGGUCAUUGGCCCAAAGUCGCACGGGCUUUCAGCUCGACGAUGCGGCGCGCGCUUUGGCCCUGACAUCGAACACCGUCAACAGUUUUAGUCAGCAGGCGCUUGGGAAGCUUCCAGGGAUCGUGGGCUCUGCAGCUUUGGAACUAGCGAAGGUUGGCAACUCACUCGUCCAGCAGGCCCAAGGACGAAAGAUACCGCAAGCAGAGGAUGGCGGCAUCAGGAGCCAAGCGCGAGAGGCCGUUGUGUCGAGUGCUGUCUCGACAGCAGAGGCUGCGAAUGAUGUGUUUUCAGCUUUGGGGUUGCAAGUCCGGAUUCUUCACCCAAGCCUGCCGAACUCGCAGACUCGUGUCAAGAUCUCUCGCGGUCGUGUUCCAGAUGCUGGAAACACCGACACGGAACAAUCCCGUAUGACCCCACGUCAAUUUGUUCAGUUCAUGCGGCAAGCUCGGCAGGAAGGGAGGGCAAGUGAGGGAGGCGACCAAAUCGAGAGGUACAUACAGGACAUGUCCAGUGCUGGGCGACUUCAGAUGAUUCCUCUGUUGUCUUACAGCUUUCAGCACAAGCUGUACGUGGACAUUGCCCGCCUGCUUGUCUUCGCUUUCCAGAGAUGCUUGAUGACACUGAACGACGCAUCUGUCUGGGGACACACCUUGCAAGUGACCUCGAAGGGGUAUCUGACGAGACAUCUUCCCACAUUUCAGACCAGCAAGGUUGGCUCCGCUCAGUUAGAAGCUGUUGUUGACAUGAUGCUCCUGUCGCAACGCUUUCACCUCCCGUGGCUUCCCCGCUCAACACAGCGCCGCCUUUAUAUCAACUGCAUCAUGGUCGUCUUCCAGCUGGUUGAGGACCUUUUGGCUGGAGAUGGUGAAGAAAUCCAUUUCAUGGGCCACAAGGUCAAAUUCGAACUGGAAGCUCAACCCCUCCAGUUGGUAAAGCAGAUGCUUCAGGAGAAUCCUGUGAAGCACUGCCAGAUCGAUGAGGCUGUUCUGGCAGAACUUGUCGAUGAACUCCUCGCAGAUGAGGAGACCAACUUAGUCUGGAUGCCGGAUUGCAUCGAGAGCCAAUUGUACCAGAAUGUGAUGAGGCUGUUGAUUCGGAUGGCUGAACAUGUCGUCAGUGGGCUGAAGCUCAGCAUCCUGGGCCGAAAGAUUGAGAUGUCAAUUCUGUCUACCAUGGACCUGAGGGCGCAUGAGGAGUUCGUCCGAGACAAGAGAGCGGAAGCCACUGUGUACUACGAGCACUCGCGAGAGAAGCAGAGGGUGGCGAUGGUCAAGUGUUCAAUACCGGUGCAGACGUCGUGCUCAGGUGUGGAAAUACGGAGCAAGACACUGGGAAAAGGUGCUGGAGAGAAAGCUGUCCCAGCAAUCACAGUAUCACUCAGCAUCGACAUCCCGGUGGAAGAGCUAAUUGCGGCCCUCACAUACUUUCAGCAAGCUCACCCACCUCAGCCCGAUGAACUGCCAAGUGCCUUUGCGGACAAGGCAUCUGGCGGCCGCAAGGCCUUUUCUGCGGCUGCCAGUGGACCUCCUGGCCUUUCUCUGAUGGCGGGUGCUGCUGCGGCCUCUUGGCAGCAAUGUUGCUGGCCGUCCCACACUGCCGGAAGCACACAGCUCUUGCAAGGUUUCCGAAGAGAACCAGGUGCAGGGUCAAGCGUUGCUUGA